ACGUCAUCGCACGACAAUUCUCGAGUCCCGACAGUCAACACUACGUGGCCGCCGCUCGCCGUCCGCCUGAAGGAUGUGAUCUUCGUUGACUGUUAUAAAAUGAAAAGCCAGCAAACCUGGGCAUUGGUGGUGACCAUUCUACUGAGUGUCACCCUCUGUCAUGCCUUGGACACUGGACCAACCACUCCCAUUAAGAACUCAGUGAGCAGCACAGAAAGUGAUCAUGGCACUACAGAAGGAAGUCCUACAGGUGAAGAAGAGAGUAACACAAACAUCUACUACAGCAGUAAAAGUGACCCCAGCUCAGAAGGAAGCCUUGUAGAUACAGACGAGGAGCAGAGAAACACAGGAGCUGGUGAAGGGACCCAUAAUCCAAAACAUGAUGCUGACUCUGUUGACACAAAUGCAGGAGGAGAAAAUAUAGAAGCCCCAGUUCAGAACCUAGGUGAAGCAAGUGAGACAAAGAAUGGUGGAAGCAACACGGGUCACAUCAUCGGGAAAGCAGAGGGCAAGUUAGGGGUGAGAAGUACAGAUGAGGGUAGCAGCAAAUGGGAUGACCAGAGAAGGAAAGAAGAAAAGGAACUAGCUGAGGAUGAAGGUCAGGACAAGCCACUGCCCUCCCCAAGUGAAAUGCAAGGGAGGGAGCUUUACGAGGCAGCCAUGACCCUCCUCAACCAGACCAAGCAGGACAAUGCUCAGGCCUACACUUUGCUACAAUCUGCUGCAGAACUUGGUCACCCCCUUGCCCUUCAGAAAGUGGCAUGGGCCCAUCUCCUUGGCAGCCACCUCUCCCAAAAUGUCACCAGAGCAUCUGAAAUCUUUGAGAAGCUAGCCAUUGCAGGCGAUGCUGAUUCUCAAAUGGGUUUGGGCUUCAUGUUUGCCACUGGCAUUGGUAAAAACUCCAGCCAGGCCAAGGCUCUAGUCCACUACACCUUUGGGGCUCUUGGUGGUAGCCAGCUGGCUCAGAUGGCAUUGGCCUACCGCUACUGGUCUGGCAUUAGUGUGGCUUCUAACUGUGAAACUGCUCUCACUUACUACCGGAAGGUCUCUCACACAGUGGCUGAUGAGGUGUCACUGAAUGGGAACUGGGUUGUGCAGAGAGUAAGGCUACUCGACGAAGUAGACAACCCUGGCUCAACCUCAGCUCUGCUGGAUGAUGACCUUAUACAGUAUUAUCAGUUCAUGGCUGAGAAAGGAGAUGUCCAGGCUCAGGUUGGGCUGGGCCAACUACAUUAUCAGGGGGGCCGAGGUGUGGAGCAAGACCAUCAUCGUGCGCUCAACUACUUUAUGCAGGCAGCUGAAGCAGGGAAUGCCAAUGCCAUGGCCUUUCUAGGCAAGAUGUAUCUGGAGGGGAGUUCUGUGGUGAAGCAGAGCAACGACACAGCACUCAAGUAUUUUAGGAGGGCAGCAGAACAGAAUAAUGCUGUGGGUCAGAGUGGACUGGGGCUGUUGUACUUACAUGGAAGAGGAGUGCCUCAGGACUACAAACUGGCUCUCAAAUACUUCACCCUAGCAGCAGAGCAGGGCUGGGUGGAUGGCCAGCUCCAGCUUGGCAACAUGUAUUUUAGUGGUCUGGGUGUAAGGCGUGACUACAAGAUGGCCAUUAAGUACUUUAAUUUGGCUUCCCAGUCUGGCCAUGUGCUGGCAUUCUACAAUUUAGCUCAAAUGCAGGCAUCAGGCACUGGCAUGGUGCGUUCAUGUCAUACCAGUGUUGAGCUCUUCAAAAAUGUAGCUGAGCGUGGUCGAUGGGGAGAGCGACUGAUGGAAGCUCAUUCUGCAUACCGGGCAGGCCGCCACUCACAGGCCCUCAUUACUUAUAUGCUCCUUGCCGAGCUGGGUUACGAGGUUGCACAGAGCAAUGCUGCUUUCAUCCUUGAUAGACAUGAGACCCAACUCUUUAGGCAGGGCGGUGAGGGGUUUUCUCGUGCUCUUAUGUACUGGGGCCGCGCUGCAUCACAGGGUUAUGCUGUGGCACGAGUUAAGUUGGGAGACUACCAUUACUAUGGGUAUGGUACAUCUGUGGAUUAUGAGACAGCUGCAGCCCACUACCGACUCGCCUCAGAGCAGCAACACAAUGCUCAGGCCAUGUUCAACUUAGGCUACAUGCAUGAGCAGGGUCUGGGGCUUAAGCAGGACAUGCACUUGGCCAAGCGUUUCUAUGACAUGGCAGCGGAGGCAAAUGUCGAUGCCCAGAUCCCAGUUGCUCUGGCCUUGGCUAAGCUGGCUCUUCUUUUCUCCUUAAAGUACCUGGAAGAUUUUCAGUGGUUGCACCUCGAGGAGCUGCUAGGGCCAGACUGGGACAUCUACCUGAUGGCCAUCCUUUCUAUUCUGAUUGGCAUUCUCAUCCUUUUCCGUCGACCUCCACCUCGCUUAGCUGUUUGAAGUACCGCCUUAGUAAAUAGAAAAUUCAGUCGGGCUGUACACUCAAAAGGAUUAGUCUAUUUUGUAUUUUCAUAUUUCCUCAAGUGUUUGUUCUUAUAUCUCCAGAUCAUUUUUAUUUUCACAAGCAGUUAGUGAGCCUAUGUGAUGGUGGUUGUGGUGUUCACUGUUCCUCUGAAGCACAUGAAUUUAGUAUAUAUGUGUAAUAAGCUUUGUUGAUACAUGUCAUUGAAAGCAAAUAUUAAGUUACACCAUUACUUAAUUUACAUGCUCAUGUUCACAUCUGCAAUACCCACAUUUUAAACUUUCGACAGAAAAGGUAUGACUUUGGAAACUUCAUUUUACAGAAGUUUAUUUAGCAUAUAUCACUUUCACUUCAAGGUGCUUCAAUUUAUAAAGAUUUGUAAAGUUGUUAUAAAAAUUCAUAACCAGAAACUAGCCUUGUAGGUCUUGCUGUCUUUGCAUUUCAUAUUUAUUUCCUGUAGGCAUUUUGUUGCCACCACAGAUGUAUAGAAUCAUUUGAGAAAAUUUCUGUACAUACUGUGUGUGUGUGUGUGUGUGUGUGUCUGUGUGUGUGUGUGUGUCUGUGUGUGUGUUUGUGUUUGGGUGGGGUGUGGGGAAUGCCUGUGUGCAUGUGUGUGCAUACAUAGUGUGUGUGUGUGUGUGUGUGAGAAACUAUAUAUAUAUAUAUAUAUAUAUAUAUAUAUAUAUAUAUAUAUAUAUAUAUAUAUAUAUAUAUAUAUAUAUAUAUAUAUAUAUAUAUAUAUAUAUAUAUGCACACACACCUAAUGUUUAUAUAAUACAGGCAAUCCCUAUUAUUCAAGUAUUGUUAUUCAACAUUGUUCUCUUGACAUUUGUAUUUACAUUCCCAUUUUUAUUAUUUCCUUGCCAUUUCAAUAUUUGUUUUCAAAUCAUGGUCUUAUCAGCUGGGCUGUCUCCUCUCCCCUUUAUCUUUAUUCACAUGUUCAUGCUCCCAGCCACCAUCAUCAUACAACGGUGACAGAUGAUAACAUAUCUUUGAUAAAACCUUACCAUUUUGGUGGUGGUGGGGUGGCUUCGUGGUGCAGUGGUUAGCACACUCGGCUCACAACCGAGAGAGCCCGGGUUCGACUCCCGGGUGGAGUGGAAAAAUUUGGACGGCUUUUCCGAUACCCUACGCCCCUGUCCACCCAGCAGUGAAUGGGUACCAGGUAUUAAUCAGGGGUUGUGUCCUGUCUCUUGGGAUCUGUUCCCUUCUCCUAUAUUUCCUUCCCCUUCUGUCUCUCCGGCAUAUGACCACAGAUGUUGCGCCGAUUAAAUGAAACUUUCCAACUUUCCUUUUGGUGGUGGUGGCAUUGAUACUGUGACCAGUCCUGGACUCAAGGGGAGACAGUGUGAGAAAGCCUCAUACUCUCACCUACAGCUAGCUGACUUCUCCCCAGGCAAUCUAUUCACUUGGUACAUAAUCCUCACAAUUAAUUUCUACAUUCUGAAUGAACUUAAAUUUUGUUGAUACUUUCCUUAAUAUUGGGUUACAUGCUCAAGAACACUUGUAGUACUCAGUAGAAAGUUUGCCAAGAACUUGCCACUACCACACAGAUUUGUUCACCUCAUAUUCCAAGGUGAAGGGAGGUGUAGGGCUCUUUUUUUACAUUUAGCCUAUAGCAUCAGUAGCCUUUCUUGAUAAGUCAUGCUGGUCGGUCCCAGCCCGUAAUGAUGCAGACAUGUGUUUUAUAGUGGUGCCAUCUUGCUUGGCUCAUGUUGCCCCUUGUUAUCCCCUUUAGAGAGUUUAUCUAGAGUCAGGGUCUUCAGGCCAGUAUGUGGGUAGUCCUAGGCCACUCAGCAAUGACUGAAAGUUGUCAGCUUGAAGUGGUGAGCAGAACUUGAACCUAGCUCUUCAAAACACGGCACCCACAUGUUGACCACUUAGCCAACGCCUCCCCAUUUAUUAGUGUACAUUGAAUGAUUUUCUUAUGAAAAAUGAUCAUUUCAUAUUUCUAAGCUAUAGUGUUUAUCCUCUUUUGUUAUUCUUAUGCUUUGUUAUUUUGCUUAUCUAGUUGUACAGACUAUAGACUCUCAUUAGCUUCAGCUUCCCAGCCAUGGUUCACUUAGUGAAAAACUCCACACUGUCCUGGGUGUAGGACUAACAGUGACUCAUGUGAAUGUGUCUCGCUCCAUCUCCUUGGCCCAUGAGGCUCAUGCAGCCAUCUUCUGUUACAAGCUAUGCCAAGAUGAUGGCAUCAGCCAAACUAUCCAACAAAGUGUACAAAGAAAUGUACUCCAAGUGAAGCAGGGAGCCAUGAUGAAGCAGCUGCCAGGAACCUCCUAGAGGUAUUCAACAAAGGUAUUUUUCCUUUUUUUAUUGAAUUUUUGUAGGAUAGAGAGGGUGACCAGGAAUCUAACCCCCCCUAUUUCUAUAUUACUCUAUGGCAAUAACAGGUUCAUUAUUUCAUGGUUUUGUUGUUCAACCAUUUUCUAUGAAAUACACCCGUGCUGAAUAACAGGGAUUGCCUGUAUUGGGUUUGAGUGUGUGGUUGGUUCCUAAAUAUAUGUGUAUUAUUUCCUCAAGGGUUAAUAAUAUUUAGUUACCUGGCUAUGCUGUUAAACAUUUUGGUCAAGUAUCUUAAUCAUAAGUGUCCUUUCUAGUUUGGGUAUUGAAUAAUUGCUGUACAUCAACACAGCUUCACUGAACUUUUAUUAUUUUCCAGUAAUAAACAUGAAAAUUACUCUUUGAAUUGUGAUACAAAUUCAGCUGACUUGAUCAGUUAUUUUUUCUAGUUCUAGUUCAAUACUCAAUUUUAAGUAUGUUUCUCCGCAUUCAAUUCUGUAACUUUAGAUAUGUGAGGUGCUGCUGAUACCUAGUUGCCACCAUCCCCUUCCACCUCCAAUGAGAGAUUAGAGAGCAAGACAACCUACUUGAUACACUGUAUUCAUUACUCUGCUUCAUCCCAUAACAUUGUAUAUACAUUCACCAUGUGAUUUUCUGAGUGGGCAAGAAAGGAAUUGAAAGCAAUAGAGGAGAGCUGGUGCUGAAACUGUGGAAUGCUCUCCCAGUUUAGCAGUGAUCGUACCUCCCCUCCCCUCCCCCCUGCUAGUCUGCAAAGUUGCAUUAAUUUGAAUUUUGUGAGAUACUGAUUAGUUAAGAAAUAAUAACUUCUGUAAGUUUACUAUUGGCAACAUGGAGUAGAUGAUGCACCUCGUGUUAUUCCAGAUGAAGAAUAUUUUGAAUGCAUAAGUACUUAAAAAGAAGUACUAUAAAUGUAAAAAGUUCAUUUAUUAUUUGUGACAGUAAAAAAGUUAUUAUCCUGUUUCAUUAUUUUUAAUGUAAUUAUACUAGAACAAAUAUUUAGGUCUGUUCACCUUAAACCUGCAUAUGAUGCAUCAUGGAAAAAAACAUCAGACUUCACACUAUUACAAAAAAAAAUUUGAGUUUGGCAUCAGCCAGAUAAUGGGAUCUGGAGGGAAAGCAAUUAUAACAGUCAGAAAUAAAACCAUGUAGGUCUCAUGUACGUCUUAUAUAACUAUCGUGGAAGGCUAAAAUAACAACAUAAACCUUACAUAUCAGCCCUAAAAACAACAAUAUUGGACAAUAUGAAAAAUUCAAAGAUUGGAGCUUUCCAGCUCUUACUACUUACUAAUGAGGAGCAUAUGCCAGAGGGCACAUAACUCCCUCGCUGCCUACACCCCUAAUGAUCACCCCAUGCAAGUCCCACGCAGCUACCCUAUCCUUCCAGCCCGGGAUCGAUCAACUUACUCCUUGCAGGGUUGUCUCGUACAGAACCACAUGAACAAGAGUGACAUCCAGGAAGCGAGCCACGUGCCCAUAUAGUUGGAGUUGGCAUUCAUGGACUAAGCUGGUCGUCGGCCUUGAUUCAGUUUCAUGAAGCCACUGGUGUGAUGCAAAGUCAUUCCAGUGAUACCCCAUGGGCCUGUGAAGGCACUUGAUACCAAAGGUAUUGACAUGGCUCGCCAAGUCACUAUUCAUUGUAUAUCAUACAGCCAUACAAUAUGACAGGAGGACAAGCGACUCUUGUCUGGCCGCAUAGGUAUCGAGAACGCCAUAUGCUCAUGUUGGCUCGAGUGACUUCCUGGUAAGACCCACCAUUGCUAUGCACUACGCUAUAAAGGUAUGUUAAGCUUUUGGUGACUUCAUAUCAUGCCAUGCAAAUUAUUUAGUAAAGUAGGCUUUUUCUGUAAAAAUUUGGUGAUAAAAUUUGAAAUGGUCAUAAACACUGGACUAUAACUGCAGGCAGCUGUUAAGCUGAUAAACAUAGACAAACCAUCAUUGGUGGCAGGGCUGGGCAGGUAUUGGUACCAGUAAUGGUACUAUAGGCAGUUCCUCCAAGUCUGAGGUAUCUGUUAUAGUGUUCUGACAACCUGCCGUCUCAUGGUGUGUUUGAUUGCGUGGAUAAUAUAAGAUAGCCUACACAUAGGAAGUAAUCAUCAGUUUCAGUAAUAUGCAACCAGCAAUAACAAGUAGUGUCAAUUAUAGUCAAAUUUGAGUUGAAAAUUAUUAGUAUUGUUAUAAACAGCUGUUUUGUUAAUAUAAAACCUGCUAAUUUUCUUGGUGGCGAACAGCGCCUCUGCUGUUUAAUAAUUUUAAUAAUUAUAAUCAGUGAUCUAGUAAAUUACCAAAACAGGUGUUAAAUUGCGACAGUACUUCUAAUUUUUAACUCAAAUUCAACUAUAAUUGUCAGUAUCCGUUAUUGUUGCCUGCAUAUUAUUGAUAAAGAUUACGGUUUCCUAUGUGAAGGCUAUUAUACAGUAGCCAUGAAAUCCAGCACAGUGUGUGACAGCAGGUUGCCAGCACAUGAUGAUACACACCUCAGGGUUGGGUGAACUGACUAUAUGACAUGGAAAUGGUAUCAGACUGCUCAGUACCGGUGGGUACUGGCAGUCAUCAUACACUCCUACAUGUGUGUAUGAUUAUUUGUAUCAAGAAUACUGCACUGGCGGUACCCUGCACUACUGGUACUGGUCUGGUACUAUUACUCGUACUGGCCUAUAGCCGGUAUUGUUAGUACUAGAUCUGGUGCCUGCCCAUCCCUACCACCGAAAUGGGUUUGUUUAUAUUUAUCAGAUGAACUUCUGCUUGCAGUUAUGAUCCAGUGUUUAUAUUCAUUUUAUAUUUUUAUUACCUAAUUUUUUAGAGAAAGAAGCAUUUAUUAGUAAAUAUUUCACAUGGUAUGAUAUAUUUAACCACCUGAAGUAAAAAAUGAAAAUAGCAGACUUUGUGGUGCAACCGCAAACCCAAAAGUUAAGUGAAAUUUUGAUGAUUUCAUAUUUGCAAGAAGUUUAUGUGAAUUACAGUACGUUAGCUGAUGAAUAAUGCUUCUUAUAUUUUAUGCUGCUUCAUACAUGUAUACAUCGUCCUUUCCUUUGGAACUUCUGAAUCAUUUGCAGGUGGUCUGUGAAUGUUUGCUGUGGCAUAGGGAAGAUUCUUUUGGGGCCACAUUUGUGCAUCAUGGGGGAAAUCCACAGAUGUGUGAAUCUGCAAGUAGUGAACCUGCGAAUAUGGGGGGGAUGGGUGCACAGUAUUUUGGUCGGUGUUCAAUUAAUGUUUGUAUUUGACCUAUUGCUGGUUACAGAAAUUAUGUGAAGCAAUAAUACUAAUGAUGGAUAACUAUUGAUACAUUGAGAAACACUAUUGCUAUAAUUAUAUAAUUUACUGUUCAUCCUCCCUUCCCCACUGGUCGAUAUAUGGGUACUAGGGGAAACCUGGGGUAGGUUAACUUAUCUGGCGUCGAGUAAAGGGUUCCCACACCAUAGGCCCAAGGGCCAAUAGGACAGAUGAACACUGAGGCCAUGUGCAGCUAUAUCAAUUGCCGAGCACAUUAGAGAACUGCAAUAAGUGAAAAAAUCCUGUAGGUACUCAGUGGUGUAAUGUGCAUGCAACCACAGGAUGGACGGAGUUUGCUCAGUAAAUGGAUAAUCAAGUGCUGAAGAGUUAUGUACCAUAAAACAUAUAUUUCACAAUGUGGUUACAUAAACUGUGCAUUCAAUAGGAAUUUAACACUUUGGUCUAGCUUAUGCCUUCCUUACCUUAAGUCUUAAACCAUCACAAAAAAAACUGUUAAGGUAUUACAGUUUUGUAAUUAUUUUCAGGAGUCAAAUUAAAAGCUAUAGCAUUUACAUCACCCUCUGCUUCAACAGGACAGGCAGUUGGGUACAAUCAUUUUUCAUAUUAGAUUACAAACAGAAUCCUAGUAAAAGGAAGUGACUUACCACCAUACUAAGACCUUUCUUAUAGUUUACCAUAUCAAAGCAGUAUAUUAUACAGUGACCAGAUUCAAAGGAUCAAAAACUAGUGAGAAAUAAAGCAUAAUUUUGGGAAAAAAAAAAAAAAAAAAAAAAAAAAAUUUAAUGAACUACAAGCUUGGAAAUUUAAUUGUAGAUGGAACUGUACUUUGGCAAUUAUUUCUUAAUAAUUGCAUCUAGCCUUUCAAAGUAAACCUAUGCAUAUAGCAUCUAGUGGUUUAAUGCAUAUGAUCAUAUAGAUAUGGAGCUAUAAAGUGUGUG